AUGCAGGGAGGCUUGGAAGAUACUUUCUUCGACCGAGUCGACAGCGCCGACACCAUUGACAACCAAGAUGCCGAUUCCGACGUCGACGAUAUACAAGUGGCCAUGAGACGGACAGCACGGGGCGAGACGCUGGCUCAAACGGGAUGCUAUAAGACUCGGAUAGACGAUCGGAGUGCUACAGUACGCAGAGACGCCGCAGGACGACAAAGCGUACUGAUUGUCGUGUAUCUCGAGAACAGUCAUGCUGCACCAACAAAUGGCUGA